GAACACAGACACUGCUUUAUUCCGGCGUUUCUAAAUACUGAUUUUGUAAUUACUGAUUAAGUAAUACACGACACACGAUAACUACGUGUAGGCCUAGGGUUGAUACAUCACGAAGGUGCACAACGUUGCUGUUGGCUGUCCCAUCUGGCACUGUAGGGAACUAAAUUUGAGACCAUGGAAGACGAUUUCCAGAAGACCGGUAACCACGAUUUUGUUCCUGAAAGUACUAACAGCAAGAUGGGAGAAUCAGAUGAAGAUUUAACGGACGAUGAGCGUUCACUACCCUUGAGGGACUUCUAUCCUUACAUUCGUUGUUCCCUUUGCAACGGCUUCCUCAUCGACGCCACCACCAUAACAGAAUGUUUACACACGUUUUGCAAGAGUUGCAUUGUGAAAUACUUCUUCUACAGCAACAGAUGUCCCAACUGUGCCAUUGUUGUGCACCAAACACAGCCACUUUACAAUAUCAGGCCAGACAGACAACUGCAAGAUCUUGUCUACAAGAUGGUACCCCGCCUCGAAGAAUCGGAAAGAAAGCACAUGAUUCAAUUCUACACAGAAAGAGGGCUUGAAGUUCCUAAAACAGUUGCUACACCGUCUGCGGUCCAGAACAAGCUCCCGAAAGGACCGAAGGUGCCCCAGUCUGUCUUCUCCAUCCCCCCAGAGCUGGACGUGUCUCUGAUGUUAGAGUUUUCUGGGGCAGAGGAAGGCAUUGGGAACUACAAGCCAUUGGAGAGGAAGUACGUGCGUGUGUCAGGGGAAGCCACCAUCCGCCACGUGGAGCUCUUCAUCAGACGCAAGAUGGAGCUCAACCAGAGCUGUCAGGUGGACGUGGUGUGUGCAGAGCAGGUGCUGGAGAGAUGUCGAUCCCUCAGGGAAGUCCGCAGCAGCGUGGGGCAGCGAGGCCUGCAGGACGGGCUGCUGGUGCUCCACUUUGGCCUGGUGAUGUCGGACUAACGGGGAGGACUGGAGGAGGCCUGGGCCGUAACCUGCGCCGUCACUGUGAAAUCCAACUAACCUCAGAAAGGAGAAGCCACAAGUCCACAGGGCACAACACACACACACACACACAAACACACACACACACACACACACACACAAAAAAAACCUCCGGGCAGCUCUAUGCAAAUUUCUUUUGUAUAGUAAAAAAAAAAAUCUGCGGGGGAUUUACUCUUCUCAAACUUGCCUCCAUGAAAUGCCAGAAUACUCGUUUGCCAUCACGUAUAUGACCCACCCUUUUACUGUAACACAAGGGACCUAUACUAAGAAGCUGGUUCAGUAUGAGGACUCCAGGCUCUUCUAUUAGAUCAGGGGUUCCCAAACUUUCCCCCCUGCG